AUGAACUCCGGAGAAUGUCCGCCCUGGCGUUACCCAGGCCAGGUGACCCUGAAGUCCAGCCGGCUGCGUCUGAGUCAGGGUCACAGUCGGAGGAGGGCGGGGCAGCAGCCGAACACGCAGGCAGCCAGCGUUCAGACCGACUGCAUCUCCGACCUCCCCCAGCUCUCCGCUCCUCCUGACGCCUGCGGCUACGACACCGUGUCUCUACCAACGGUUGAACUCGAAAGCCUCGCCUCUUCGCCUCCCUUCCUCUCGCUGCCUCCCCUCUCAGCUCCCCCAUCUGUUCUGUCAGCGGGUCCUCCACCACCUCCCCCWCCUCCUCCACCUCCGCCUCCCCCGCCCCCUCCGCCGCCUCCUCCCUCAGAGCAGCAGCAGCAGCAGGGCGAGGACGGGAACAGGACCCUUGCAGCAGGCAGUCUGGUGCUGCAACACGAGUCAGAAUCCUCCUCGCUGCCCCUGGCUCCAUUUUGCCCUCGAUUCUUUGACAGCAGCCAGCUGAUGACUGCGAGGACGAAGCUGAGGAAGACGGCCUCGCUGGACUCCUCACAGUGGAGGAGAGCGAGCUCCCCCAUGGACGAAGUGCUGGCUUCUCUCAAACGCGGCAGUUUCCACCUGAGGAAGGCCGAGCUGCGAGUCCUGGCCCCGGACCCGGACGACGACAGCGACAACAUCCUGGCUCAGAUCAGGCAGGGCGUCCGGCUGAGAAAGGUUCGCACCCGGCCGGAGCAGCAGCAGCGUCACGCCAGGAGCUUCCCCCACUCGGCCGACGCUCUCACCCGCAGCAUCCACGAGGCUCUGAGGAGAAUCAAAGAGGCUUCACCAGAGUCCGAGUCUGAGGACGAGGGCCUCCCGUGCACUGACUGGGAAAACUAGUCCAUCAGAAGAACCUUUUUUUUAAAAACUGCUUUCUUUCAUGGAUGUGUGGAGCCAAAAGGAAGAGUUACUGUACAACGACUGAAGUUAAAGGGACACCUCAGAGUUUUAUCACCUGGUGAUAGCUCGGUGCAAUUUGAACAAGGAAACCCCUUUUUUUUGUAAUAUCAGACAAUGGCUCAAUUUGUUUCAUACUUGUGCGUGUGGUUUGUAAAAGACGGACCACUAAGGUUGUUUUUUUUAAGUCGCUGCUGUGGCGUUCUCGGCGAGGACACAACCUCUGACCUCCCGGUGAAUUCAUCGACGUGUCGGAGUCGUACUGUACUGUAGCUUGCUGUGAUGGGUUUGUUUGAAGAAGUGAGUAUUUUCUAUUUUAUUUUCACCUUUCUCUCACUUUCAAAGCAUUCAGACUCUCCACCAAUAACUUCUCUGUAUGUUUUUUACAUUACAAACACACAGGAAAUUUCAGUGCAUUAAAAAAAAACGCCUAAACAUGUAGACACACAACAAUUCACACUCACUGGAAGAAAUAAUUUGACAUUCUGGAAGUUCUUUCACUUUUCAGACAUGAACUCCGGAGAAUGUCCGCCCUGGGUGCGGACUUUCUCCAGAGUUUGUCUUUCACACAUGAACAACGCAGCAACUCUUCUCGGACACGUUCCCGACCCCAGAUUCUCACGAGUUCAUUUCACGUGUGAAAGCAGCUCUGCAGAACACUUGUUCUAAUAGUCUCAGCUAGAGUAAGUGAGUUUUCCAAAAUGUUGAAGUCUUCGUUAGUUUGAUAUUAGAAGUGGAGCUACAUGACUGAAAGUUGCACAACUUGGUUUUUGGGCCAUUUCUAUCAUCCUGGUGUUAAAAUACCAGAACCAGCACUGACUGGUGUAUUUGGAGAAUAAGCCAUACUUCUUUUAGCAUUUUCACUUUUACAAAGUAAUAUAUGAUACAACAGGAGGAAGGGGUUUUGGAGGACGUAUAUCGGACUCUGUUUAAAUCUCUAUCAUUUUAUUGAGAGGUUUUCAGACCGUGAGGGUGACAAAGACGCAGCUCACGGAGAAAGUUAAGGUUUAAAUUCACAGCAUCACAUUUCUUUCUCUGGGUUAUAGCUCAGGACAGGAUUUUGAGAUUCCGUGUGACCUUUACUUUACAAGUACAUCCCUGUUUCCAAUAUCCACAGCAAAGAAACUUGCUACAUUGCACAGUGGGACUUCUAAUAUUCCUUAUAUUUUUAAUGAAUAAAUAAAUCGGACAAAAUCUCAACAAGCAUGAAAGAGAAAAAAGCAGGGCUCAAGCUGUAGCUGGAGCGAGCUAACUGAAUCCAGGAUAUUAUCUAGACUUCACACUAUAAUAUAUACAUAAUGUAGCUGAUGGAACUCUAGUAUAAAAGAGAGAUUAGGUUAAGCUCCAAAUAACCAGCUUACCUCCCACACAGCGCUAUAUAAAUAGGGACCAGAUGACAAAAGUAUAUAUUUUAUCAGAGACGUUUCAAUUCAUCAUUUCUGAAGCAGCGUUGGAAAUAUUAGAUCGUUAUUCAACUUGAACAACUUUUAAAGUUGCCCACACACAGUAUUCUGACACAAGAAUGGAUGAAUGGAUAUGCAGUAAUAUUUAUUCCCUCUGAUGAAUAACAAGCUCCGCUGUGGUCACCCUGUGUUAAUUUACUCUUUAUUUCAUAUACAAGUAACACCUGACAGAAAGGAAACCAUCAGAAAGUAAACUGUGGUGGUAACUGAUCAUGAAAAUUAAAUCGCUCGACAGAAGAUCGGCAGUAAUUUAAUAAUUCAUUGUUUUUUCUCUGGUUUCAGCUUCUCAAACGUAACCAUUCCCACCCAUUUUAGAGUUUUAUACCCUAAAUGUAUAAUAUUUAAGUUUCUGACUAAUGGUCGGACAAAAGGAAACAUUUAUAAACGUCACCUUGGGCUUUAGGAAAUUGUAACGGACAUUUUUUACUAUUUUAUACACAAAAUCAAUUAGUUGAAAAAGGCAUAUAUGAAGUCUUGAAAGAAUGUUAACCAUUUUUUGAAAAGCAACUUCCAGCCCUUAAAAAAAAGAAGAAGCUUUUACGCACAUGUACAUAACAGACUCCAGAUGCGGAGCAGCAUUAAAAACAAACUGGAGCGUGUCGUCAAGUCAGAGAUCGGAGCUGACGCAGCUUCCUGCUCGCCACACCCAACAUUAUCGGGAUCACACGUGUUGUUUACCUUUAUUUCCUUUGUCUUUUUAACUGUCGUUUUAUUUACCCGAGAGUCUCUCUCUGUUUCCACUGCCUUUGUUUUUUUUUUUUCAGGUUUGUUUUUGUCAUGGAGUUGUUUUUCGUGUGUGUGGUUUUUUUUUUUUUAUACCAACCAGUCUCUUAUUAUGUAUGAUCUGUGUCAAACCUGUCUACAGCUGAAAAACACAUGUUCCUGUAGUUAAUAGGCACUGAGCAGCAGGGCUUCAUUUAAAGAAAUCGUUUGACAUUUAGGGAAAUAAACACAUUUAUUCUCUUUCUUGCUCAGAGUUAAAUGAGAAGCAUAAACAAAUCCAAAGAUCCUCUGAAACUCACAAAUUAACAUCCUGUUGUUGGACUGUGUCAAAUGCAACAAAUACUAUUGUUUACCUUUUAUUAAUUGUAAUAGAUGAUGUAAGUUGUGGCCUUGUAGUGUAUUUACUUUUCGAUACAUUUACAAACAGCCAUUCACCAAAUACUGACAGAGAAACACACUGACAAAUUCUGACGGGUGUAAUGACAGAAGCUGUACCUCACCUCAUGUCGUGUCAGGUCUUUUACACGUCGUUAUGGAAACCUAUUUCUACAAUGACGUAUGAGAGCUGUAAAAACUAUUUAUUACUAAAUAUCACAGAGCUGAGGUGUCAUGUUGUGACAGAAAGAAAUAUAUUUUCUGGCAUUUACGCUGAAAAAACUGGAUAUUCUGUCGGAUGAUGAAGUCAGAAAUAGAUGAGAGAGAAAAUAUUUAAUUAGCUUUUUUUUAACAAACCCUCUGCAGUGGAUGUCCUUAACAAAUUAUUUUGCAAUUAGAUUUGACUGUAGGGAAAUGCUGCUGAUUUAAGCCCAGAAUCAGGCUGAACCGAAAUUCAGAUUUACAUGAGGGUUGUGGCAGGCGAAGGUUGAGGGGAUAAAGAGAGCGUUACAUGCUACAUUUAUUGCACUUUUUUUCCGUCCUGCGGGAGGGAUCCCUCACAUGUGACUCUCUCUUACGUGUCUACAUUUUUGUUCCUCCUAACAGGAUUGUUGGUUUAGUAGUUUUUCCUCACUCUAGUCGAGGGUUUAAGGGAUAGUUCACCCAAAAAGAAAAUUUCACUUAUCAUUUACUCACUGCUAUGCUGAUGGAGGGCGGGGUGAAGAGUCCACAGAAUACUUUAGGAGUUUCAGGGGUAAACAACGUCGCAGCCAAAUCCAAUACAAUUGAAGUAACUGGUGUUUUUUUGGACUCUAACACUUCACCCACCCCUCCAUUGGCAUAGUGGUGAGUAGAUAAUGAGUGCAUUUUCAUUUUUGGGUGAACUAUCCCUUUAAGGGCACAUCCAUCACGCCAAACAAAUCUCCCACAUUUGUGACUUUAUAAUCUCUGAGAAUAUCCAAAGGUUUUUUUUUCUUGUAAAUUACUGAUUUGCCGGUAAGUGUCAUUUUUUUUGUUGCUUUUGGAUAGAGCCAGGCUAACAGUUUCUAUCUGUUUCCAGUCUUUAUGCUAAGCUAACUGCCUGCUGACUGGAGCUGAAGUGGUUAUCGAUCCUCUCAUUUAACUCGACAUGAAGCAGAACGAGUGCGUUUCUCAUUAUGCUGAACUUUGUGAAACACGCAGUCACUGUUGCCAAGUGUAAAACAUCAUUCCUACUCAGAGUGACAGUAAUUUCUCUUCUACCCACACACACCUUUACUGAUAUUAAACAUUAGAUUACAAGUUUGACUUUCACCUCCUCACACUGCUGUUUGCUUUUUAUUUUUGAGCUUUUUGUAGACUCCAAGUUGUGACUCCUAGAUUCCCUCCAUCUUUUAUUUUGACCUUUAUGACCUUAUGCAUGUGGCUGGUUUGAGGACGAAACCCAUCACAACAUAAGUGCAAUAAUGAAGAUUAAAGUCAUUUUAUGGAUAAUACUGUAAUGAAAUGUAAAUCAUGUCAAAAAACUAUAUCCGCAUGCCUAAAUGUAUUGAAGUAUUUAUUGAAACUUCAUAUUUUAAAGAAUUUUUAAAGCGUACAAAUGUAAAUGUACUUUAUAAGCUUUUCUUUUUGUCGCUUUUUGUUUCCUAUCAUGACAUUCCUCUCUGCUUUCUAUAUCCUAGUUAUUAUAUAUAUAUUUUUUGUCCUUUUAAAAAUAAAAAAAAAUA